CAGCAGUCUGGUCCACCGCUUGAUCGUUCCGAGGAGGAUGUUCGGUUUGUCGGCAGUUGGUGGGAGAAAGAGGCGGAUAUGUGGUGGGACAUCUCAGCAAACGUCUGUCCGGGGUUAAUGGAUUAAAGCCGCAUGGAAAUGUAGCUUUGUUCGUUAGAAAAAGCAGCCUGUCAGAAACGGAAAGAGCGGCUCUGGUUUAUAAAAGCUCGGAAAAAUCAGAUCCGCGCACCGAUUGGACGGUCCCACCUCAGCGGCCAGGAUGAAGACGAACUGCAGGAUCCACUUGUCCUCGGCUCCUGUCUUUGUCAGAGAGGACUCAGACGUGUGCCCCAAUGAUGUGGAGCCUCCUCACAUUAGAUCCACGGAUUACACCGACCUCCAGAAACUCUCACUCGACCUUUGCUCACUUGGCUUUCUAGACUCCUGUCUCUCUUUAAGCCCUUUAAACGCUCUACUGCACCCCAGCCAGGCUGAUAUAACCACCCCGGGGUCUCCCGUCAGCUUCUUUCCGGUUGUAUCUGACAUGCUUUUGAUCCCUGUUUCGGAACACAAUGAUCAGAACGUUCAUCUGCUGCAAGAACAAAAACCUGAGUGGUUGCUGGAUGGUAGAGAGGUGCACCACUCCUCUACCUCUGUUACAAGGAUUUCUCCCAAAUCUUGGGGUCCCCCUAACUUGUUAGAAACCCAACCUUUAACAACGCACAAGGAAAUUCUCGGAAUGCCAUGUCCACCUGUUCCUGAUGGGAUAGAUCCUAAUAAACUGGUGAACGUUUUGUCUGAGGUGGAGCUGAAACAUCAUCAGCAGAGCCAAGUUUGUGGACUGCAUGAGAAACCCGCAGAAGUUCCUCUCCACAACUAUGAACACGGUGCUAUGGUUCCUCUGCAAGAAUGCAGCAAUCCUCACUUUUCCUGGAAAGACUUGUCAGCCCCUCCACCUUCUCUGACGGAGGUCAGGGAGUUUGCUCACUCCAGCCAGGUGGUGCUGAGAGGCCUGCAGGAAGGCCUGGACUCUGAGGCGACGGUCACCAGCAGCUCAGAGGAGGAGCCAGAGGACCUCCAUUCACUUCUCAGCUGGGAGAUGCAGCAGCUGGAGGAGAGAGCCGAACUGAGCAGCAGGUGGAGCUGGCUACAACUGCGUCUCGCUGAACUCAAAGGACGGAUCCAACAAAUGGAUGAGCUGCAGAAGCAUCUACGCUCUACCAAGGCUAAGGUGGUCCUCGCAGAAUCCCAGCCUCUGACCAUCAGGCGGGUUCAGCACACCCUGAUGAGGGACAGAACUGGCUUUUCCUGCACAGCAUCCGAUUCUGACGCAGAACCCUGCAGCCCCACACGCCUGCUGUGCAGCAUAGAGAGACAGAGUGCCCAACUUAGCCAGAUUGUGAAAAGUCUGCUGCCUCCUCUCAACUGCUCUCCUCUCUCAAAACAACCCUCCACCCUGACGGGGUCGAGCGCCUUUCAAAGAUCUCGUUCCUGCAGCGGUCAAAGAGGAGGCGAUGUUUUUCACUCGGCGAGCUUUAGGAGAAGCAGACUGGUGACCCGGAGGCCGGUCAAAGUCGUCAUGUCGUGCGCCCGUACGCGACCCGCAGUGGCUUUGCACAAACGCAAAUUAUUCAUUUUUAAUUGUGGGAAGGACUUCAGUCUACAGGACUCAGUGGACUCCAUCUGUGGACUCUCCUCUUCUGUUUCUUCUUGCUCCCAUGUGUCGUCUGGUGAACAUGGAGCCUCUGAUGUCAGCUGUAGGUCCAGCAGUGGCUUUUCCAGCAGCUCCUUCUGCUCCGGAGCUCCUUCCUCUUCAUCAGACUCCUCUGCAUGCCAGCAGUCACAGCGGCUGACGCUCAGAGAGGAAUGGUCCCAAAGGCCUCUGGUCAUCAACGCUGAGGUGUUCAGUCCAUUAGGCUGCAGGAGGAGCUCCACACCGAUGACCCGUCACAAAUACAGGAGCCACCUACGAAAUCCUAGGAACCAAACGUUGGAUUUAUCACCUAUCAGAUCGUCCUGCUACCCUCUGGGUCCUACCAAUAAACCCUGGAGGAGGAGGAGGAGGAGAAAGAGGAGAACAUGUAUUUGUGGGCCAGUCGAAGACAUGGACGUCCUCCACCAUCACUGUUACCAUGGAGAUGAAUCUAGCAACAUACCUGAAGAAAGUUACGCUCAAGUUUCAAACAGCAAGGCCUCCCAGACCUUUCUUCAGAAAGACAUUGUGUACCACAUCAAUGAUGUGAUCAUCCACAGCUCCUCCCACAGACUGGAAAAGCUGCAGUACAAAGAAAUCCCAACUCCCAGGUGGCGAGUAGUUCAAAUGGAGCCGCUGACUGGAGUGGAGAUGGAGAAAGAUGAGGAUAAUGAAAAUGUGCAGGUUGAGAACCUGACAGACGACGUCUUUGCUCAGAGGCACCUGCUUUUGGAGCAGAAAGAGAAAUCCCGCUGGUGCUGCAGGCGUCCUGCCAGAUCUGCCAGCAGGAUGUCAGGCAGUGGGAGUGGGAAGUGCACAUCAGGAGAGGAGAGCUGCGGUCAGCCGGAUCAACUGUUGCGGCUGGAGGAGAGGGCGACACCUUGGGAGCCUCGACUCUUCCCCUUAACUGAAGCAGAGUGUGCUGACCUUCUUGCUGAAGAAGAUUACCCACCAGGACGGACAGAUUCAACCUCAUCCUCUCAUUUAUCAAAUGCUGCAGCCCCCAUCUCUCCCUGCAGUCAGCGUGUGCAACACUGCCCCCUUGUGGACAAAUAGCACAACAGCUGUCCUUUUACAUAAACGCCUGGAUAUAAAAUAAUAUUUGCAUACAACUAAAAAUAAUUUGUUUUUAUGCAAUAAAUGAUCUCACAAGUGAGUAACAAGCCUUUUAGCUCAACAUAGAUGUUUGAGUGUUACAUAUGGAGUUGCUCUGUUUUUCUUUUCGCUCCUCAGCUAAAAUACAUGUCAUAAAAUAUGAAAGUAUGUGUUUUAUUGACCCAACUUAAGUAUAAAUUUACCAAAUUUAUAUUUAAAAUUGAUACUGUCAGGAAAACAAGGUCAAAAAAUGUGAAGAAACUGGCCUACAUUUCAGAGGAUUUUUUAAUGGAUUUAACUUAAACACUGUGAUCCCAAGAUCACCUUUUUAUUAUAUUCAGCAGCACUGUGUUAUUGAUUGUUGAUUGUUAUCUGAUCUAUUUGUCUUUAGCUGUACUUUUAUGUUGUUAUUUAGGUUUUAUUGUAAUUCAAAUAUCACAUGUUAGCUGCCAUAAUAAGGCAACUUCUCUGCAAUGUCAGGUUUACACACUUUAAACUUGUCAAAUGCCAUUUCUUUCUUUGGUUGCCUUCAAAAAUGUAUUUAUCUGUGGGAAAUUUUUAAAAAGAUGGAUUUGUAUAUAUUUAUAUUCAUGUAUUUAGUGUUGAGUUCCUAUUUAUGUGUCAUUGUGCAUUUUUUUGAUUGACUAAAACGACAGAAAGUAAAAAUGAACAUUAUUAAAUUUGGAUGUCAUUGUGCUCUAAUAAAACAGGUGAUUUUUGUGUUUUAAAACCAA